AUGGUUCAAAAAGUCUUAUUAUUAGGUUCUGGAUUCGUUGCCAAACCAACAGUUGAUAUCUUAUCAAAAACUGAAGGUAUUGAAGUUAUUGUUGCUUGUAGAACAUUAGAAAAAGCUAAAGAAUUAGCUGGUUCUAAUGCUUCAGCUAUUUCAUUAGAUGUUACUGAUGCUACUGCUUUAGAUGAAGAAGUUAGUAAAGUUGAUUUAGUCAUCUCUUUAAUUCCUUAUAUUUAUCAUGUUUUAGUUGUUAAAUCAGCUAUUAAGAACAAAAAGAAUGUUGUUACUACUUCAUACAUUAACCCACAAUUAAAAGCUUUAGAACAAGAAAUUAUCGAUGCUGGUAUCACCGUUAUGAAUGAAAUUGGUUUAGAUCCAGGUCUUGAUCAUUUAUAUGCCAUUAAAACCAUUGAAGAAGUUCAUGCUCAAAAUGGUAAAAUUAAAUCAUUCUUAUCAUACUGUGGUGGUUUACCAUCAGCUGAAAACUCAGAUAAUCCUUUAGGUUAUAAAUUCUCUUGGUCUUCAAGAGGAGUUUUAUUAGCUUUAAGAAAUGCUGCUAGUUAUUGGGAAAAUGGUGAUGUCAUCAAUGUUAAAUCUGAAGAUUUAAUGGCUACUGCUAAACCUUAUUAUAUCUUCCCAGGUUAUGCUUUAGUUUGUUACCCAAACAGAGAUUCUACUCCUUAUAAAGAAUUCUACAGUAUUCCAGAAGCUGAAACUGUUAUCAGAGGUACUUUAAGAUUCCAAGGAUUCCCUGAAUUUAUUAAAGUUUUCGUUGAUUUAGGUUUAUUAUCUGAUGCUGAAAAUGAAAUCUUCACCAAAGAUAUUUCUUGGAAAGAUGCUUUAGCUGCUUUAUUAAAUACUGAAGCUGAUGAAAAAUCAUUAAUUGCUAAAAUCAAAUCAUUAGCUACUUUCAAAGAAGGUGAUGAAGAAAGAAUCUUAUCAGGUUUCAAAUGGUUAGGUUUAUUCAGUGAUAACAAAAUCAUUCCAAAAGGUAAUCCUUUAGAUACCUUAUGUGCCACUUUAGAAGAAUUGAUGCAAUAUGAAGAAGGUGAAAAAGAUUUAGUUAUCUUACAACAUAAAUUCGGUAUUGAAUGGGCUAAUGGUGAAACUGAAACUAGAACUUCUACUUUAGUUGAUGUUGGUGCUCCAAUUGGUUCAGGUGAUUAUUCAUCCAUGGCCAAAUUAGUUGGUGUUCCAUGUGCCGUUGCUACUCAAAAAAUCUUAGAUGGUACUUUAUCUAAAGUUGGUUUAUUAGCUCCUUACACUUCAGAAAUCAAUGAUCCAAUCAUGAAAACCUUAAAGGAUGAUUACGGUAUUUAUUUGACUGAAAAGACUAUUUAG